AUGGCACAGUCGAAGUUUAGCGACGACAAGCCCGCUGUGUGCCCAAUUCCCCAUGGGCCGCGUGGCGCCAUGGCGCCAGAAAGUGAACUGAACCCGUUAAACAAUAUGCCGCAUCUGUCACAAGAUCGUGCCCCCCAUCAGAAGAUGGCCCUAUCACGAGAACGCGUUGUCUCUUCGAUUCCACGAGCAAGCACGUCAGCAGCACCAGGUGACUCGCCGUAUGCAUCGUCUUGCCCUGUGGAUCAUAGUGCCAUGGGGAAGGAUAAGGACAAGGAAGAUGCAAAUGGCUACUGGGAAUACCCCUCCCCACAACAGUUUUACAAUGCCUUGGUUCGAAAGGGCUGGGAGACUCCAGAGGAAAGCGUAGACAUGGUGGUCAUGAUUCACAACUUUUUGAAUGAGCGUGCAUGGCAGGAAAUUAUCGAGUGGGAAAAGAUGGCCGGUAGCGACGUUUCAAAGCUGCAGCUGGCUCGCUUCCAAGGCCGCCCUGGAACCCUUAGCCCACGCGCUCGUAUGUUUGGCUGGCUUGCCUGGGCCUUCCCUGAUCGCUUCAGUAAUGAGCCUCCCUUUGACAGGCAUGACUGGAUCGUUCGUCGCGGACCUACGGAAGCGAAUCCUGAGGGUGAAGAGGUUCGCUAUGUGAUUGACUACUACUCGCGGGAGGAUGAAUCAGAUGAAAAUGAAGCAAGCUUCAACCUCGAUGUUCGCCCUGCUAUCAGUGACCUAUCGUCAGCUAAACUCAGAUGGAAAAAGCUAAUGCAGGAGUAUGAAUCCGGCGAGCUGUUCGCGCCCUUCCGUGACCAGUCUUCAUCAUCGGAUGCCAAGUAG